AUGAAGGGUGUAAAGAGAUUUGACAAAAUGAGAAAAUUGAGUCCAAGGUAUGUUGGCCCAUUUGAAAUACCAGAGAGAGUUGGAAGUGUGGCCUACAUAUUGGUUUUGCCAUCUCAUAUGAGUGGAGUACAUAAUGUAUUCCACGUAUCUUCUUUGAGGAAAUACAUUGCAGAUGAAGCUCAGAAGAUCAGUACUGAAGCAAUAGAUAUUCAACCAGAUCUCACAUUUAUAGAUGAACCUAAGAAGAUCAUAGAUUAUGAUGUUAAGCAGUUACGAACUAGAGAGAUUCCUCAUAUUAAAGUUCUUUGGAAGCAUGGAUUUGAGAAAGAUGCUACAUUGGAGAAUGAAUCAGAGAUGAGGGAAAGCUACCCACACCUAUUUGAUUAA